AUGCAGACCGACACACCUGAUCGCAUAGCGCCAAGACGUGCCGGCAAUAUACGAGAAAACAUCUUUUUGUUCGCGCCGAAUCUCAUAGGCUAUACACGAGUCAUUCUCGCCGUGGUGUCCCUCUACUUCAUGCCAGUUCACCCUCGUCGUUGCAGCGCUAUUUAUGCAAUCUCGUGCAUUCUAGAUGCACUAGAUGGCUGGGCAGCUCGAAGACUGGACCAAGGCACAAGAUUCGGCGCUGUGCUUGAUAUGGUCACCGACCGAUGCACAACUACUUGUUUGCUUGUGUUCCUAGCUACGGCAAUGCCAAGAUGGGCUAUGUUGUUCCAGCUACUGAUCAGUCUUGAUUUAGCGAGCCAUUAUAUGCACAUGUAUGCUACGCUCAGUAUGGGUGGGAGUGGGCAAAGUCACAAAAAGGUCGAUCCUGAGAGAAGUUGGUUAUUACACCUGUACUACUCGAACAAGGCUGUUCUCUUCACUCUCUGUUUAAUGAAUGAGCUUUUCUUCAUUGCUUUGUACCUUCUGGCCUUCACUGAUCAAGAUACUCCGCUAGCGUCAACACAGAUGAGAAUGAUCACACAAAACGCGCCUUGGUCGGCAGGAGCCAUGGAGAUUGCUCGGGCGAACAAGAUUGAUAGUUCCAUCCCAGAAGUACUCAUGUGGUUGUCUGUGUUACCAAUGUCCAUAAAGCAAUACAUCAACAUACAGCAAUUGGUUAUCGCAAGUCAAUGGCUUGCAGAAGGCGAUGUUGCAGAGCGUGCAAGUCGACAAUAA